GCACUGGGUGAGGCGGACCAGGUCCGGAUGACCUCAGAGGGCUCCGACUGCCGCUGCAAGUGCAUCCUGCGGCCGCUCAGCAAGGACGCGUGCAGGCGCGUCCGGAACGGCAGCAUGCGCGUGGAGGACUUCUACACGGUGGAGACGGUGAGCUCAGGGGCCGACUGCAAGUGCUCCUGCACCGCGCCCCCCUCCUCACUCAACCCCUGCGAGAACGAGUGGAAGAUGGAGAAGCUGAAGAAGCAGGCACCCGAGCUCUUCAAGCUGCAGUCCAUGGUGGACCUGCUGGAGGGAACGCUCUACAGCAUGGACCUGAUGAAGGUGCACUCCUACAUCAACAAGGUGGUGGCUCAGAUGAACACGCUGGAAGAGACCAUCAAGACCAACCUGAGCAGGGAGAAUGACUUCAUGAAGGAGAGUGUCCUGCACCUCACCGACCAGAUGAAACGCUAUGAGAACUACUCCGACAUCAUGAUCAGCAUCAAGAAGGAGAUCUCCAACCUGGGCUACCAGCUGCUGCAGAAGGAUGCUGCUGCCAUCCCUGAGAGCAAGGCACAG